AUGAGGGCUACAUUCUUUUAUAAAGAUAGACAAGAGAACCUGUUGAAUGAACUUGGAGAAAGAGUUUUCGAUCCAACGGAGGACGUUUUGACGCAAGUUGACGAUCUAAAUGUAGCUCUUGGAACAAUAACCAAUCGAGAAUUUUACUUGAGCGCUAAGAACUCCGAAAAAGUUGUUUAUAAUUUGACUAAAUCAGCCAAGUUAUGCAAUCUCCAUAACGAUCUAUCCAGAGAAGCGUUUACUAAUCGUAUGCUUAAGCAGCCUCAAGAAUAUAGUUUGGUGGCUAAAGCUGCGAAAGGACCUCACGUGAAAUACCGUACUGCGCUAAAUUGGUGGCACAUCUAUGAGGACAUGAAAAGAAUACCGUAUAAAAAGAGCGAACAAAACAGAAUUUGUUUUGAUCUUAGCCGGUUUUAUACACGAGCCCAAUUGUCAUAA